CCUAAGAGGCAGAUGCAGCAGUCCCUGACCCCCAUCACAUGGGUGGGAGCCUCCACCAGCUAUGGAGAAGGAUGCGGCCACAUCUCCACAUGAUCCCUCCCGAAUAAAACGAAAGCCACCUCCAGAUACAUGCUCCAGUGCCUCACUCUCUAUGCAAAACCUGGAGAGUAGAGACCUGCUCCAGUCCCUGGAGGAAGCUGGCUCAGCAGGGGGUGAUUUGAGGACUGGAAUUUUAACCAGGAGCUUUCUCCUUUUGCUCUUCUUCAUUCAUACUCAUGCUCGAUACCUCCCAGGAGACUGCUUUAUUUAUUUCUAGGAAAACGGCACUGGGCAGUCAUUGUCACCUCCCCACAUUUGGACAUUUUCUUUUGGCUCCAUUGGGAGCCUAGAGCCCAGUGGUUGACAUAAUUGACACACUGGGAAGCUGGGCAAGAAGUGGCCAGGGUCCGCCGGCAAAGGACGGAGCCGUAGGGUCCCAGGAUGGUACCUAAUGGCACAGCCUCUUCAUUUUGUCUGGACUCUCCCCCAUGCAAGAUCACUGUCAGCGUGGUCCUCACUGUCCUCAUCCUCAUCACCAUUGCCGGCAACGUGGUGGUCUGCCUGGCUGUGGGCCUGACCCGCCGGCUCCGCAGUCUGACCAACUGCUUCAUUGUGUCUUUGGCUAUCACCGAUCUGCUCCUCGGCCUCCUGGUGCUGCCCUUCUCGGCCUUCUACCAGCUAUCCUGCAAGUGGAGCUUCGGCAAGGUCUUCUGCAACAUCUAUACCAGCUUGGAUGUGAUGCUCUGCACGGCCUCCAUCCUCAACCUCUUCAUGAUCAGCCUCGACCGGUACUGCGCUGUCACAGACCCCCUGCGCUACCCCGUGCUGGUCACCCCAGUCCGGGUGGCUGUCUCCCUUGUCUUAAUUUGGGUCAUCUCCAUCACCCUGUCCUUCCUGUCUAUCCAUCUGGGGUGGAACAGCGGGAGUAAGAACAGCAGUUUCAAUCACACCAUCCCCAAGUGCAAAGUGCAGGUCAACUUGGUGUACGGCUUGGUGGAUGGGCUGGUCACCUUCUACCUGCCACUGCUGGUCAUGUGCAUCACCUACUACCGCAUCUUCAAGAUUGCCCGGGAUCAGGCCAAGAGGAUCCAUCACAUGGGCUCCUGGAAGGCGGCUACCAUCGGGGAGCACAAAGCCACAGUGACACUGGCCGCCGUGAUGGGAGCCUUCAUCAUUUGCUGGUUCCCCUACUUUACCGUGUUUGUUUACCGGGGGCUGGUAGGGGAUGAUGACAUCAACGAGGCCAUUGAAGCUGUUGUUCUGUGGCUGGGCUAUGCCAACUCGGCCCUGAACCCUAUCCUGUACGCCACGCUGAACAGAGACUUCCGCACAGCAUACCAGCAGCUCUUCCGCUGCGGGCCCACCAGCCACAGUGCCCAGGAGACUACUCGGAGGGCUGGCAGCUCUCAGCUGACCAGGAACCAAAGCCGAGAACCCAUGCAGCAGGAAGAGAAGCCCCUGAAGCUGCAGGUGUGGAGUGGGACAGAGGUCACAGCCCCGAGGGGAGCCUCAGACAGGAAGCCAGCGCUAUCCUGCACUGUAUGCUCCGGCAAUCUUCUAAGCUGCUGCAAGAGUCUGUGGGGGCUUAGGUUCCUCCAGAGACACAUGAGAGGCCCCUCAGAGGAGCAACCAGGCGAGCCACUGUCCGAGGAGCCACUGAGGACACCACCCCAGGAAGCGGUGAGGACUCUGCCCUCCGAGGCUGUCUAGACCCGGCCCAGGACACAGAAGACACUGCUUCUGGUCACCAAGAUCUGACUCCUGGAGCCCAAAGGAGGUCCCAGAAGCCCCCAGAGCCACCCUAGCCUGAGUCUAGGGACUCCCGGCGCACACAGCGGGGUGCUGGGGUCCUCGGGUCUAGUGCGGAGCAGCCUGUUCUGUGCUCAGCAUCCCCAGCAGAUGUUCAGAACUCUCCUGGGCCUGGGUCCGCUCAGUCCCACGGGGUCAAAGCUCACGUUGGUGCUGGCCCUGAGUCAUGAGCAGAGAUGGCUGGGCAUGGCAGAUGUGUGCACAGAUGUGUGCGUGGGGUUGUACACACAGGAAUGCGCAGGCCCUCUGAGCACAGCAGAGGGUGUUGCCAUAAAGAGUUAGCCUCUCACUCUCUCACGGGUUCUGUAGGAUGAAGGGAAGGAAAGGCGAGGGAAGGGAAGGGAAAGACAGGAAGAAAAUUAGCCUUUCCUGAGCACCUGCCGUGUGCCAGGUACUUCCUCUGCUUGAGCUCGCGUAAUCCUUAUAACACGUGGUAAGAAUCACCAACCUGCUUCACAGAGGUAGAAACUGAGGCUCCAGGAAGACCGGGGCCCGCCCCAGGGCUCUCAGCUAGCACGCGAGCCUGGCUCCUAGGAAGCGCUCGAAAAACAGUUGUCGAGGGAAGGAAGGAACGGGAGCGUGGGCAAAGAGCCAGGCCUCGAGCCCACGUUCUUGACUUGACAUUGCACUGCUGCUCAGGAGAGAGGUCAAGGUGUUUGCUUGACUCAGCCUAGCCUUCUCUUAGCGGGGCUCCGCUCCGGAGCCUGAGGGGUGCCUUCGUGCUGCAGUCCUGCCCCUCUCUGGUGCUGUUCAUCAACAAGAAGUGGUGCGGAGCAGAGCCAA